AUGACAGAAGAAGAAACAAAGAUAAAUGUCUUUAGCUUCAAAGAUGAGAAACCAGUACCCGAUCCCAUUUAUGAGUAUCCCAGUACACUACAGGACCUCGGUGUUCCUUUGGUCAUUGAUAAUGGAACUUACCAGUGCAGGGCAGGGUGGGCUUGCAGCGAGUCCCCAUCUCUCAUCUUCAAGAAUAUCACUGCUAAACAGAGACUGAAGAAAAACCAGAAUGAGAUUGAAACACUUAUUGGAAAUGACAUAACCAAUAUUGAAGUUGUGAAGUGGAUUCUACGAUCACAGUUUGACCGCAACAUUGUCACUCUGUUUGAUGUUCAGGAGCAGGUGUUUGAUUACCUUUUCUCUCACUUGGGGAUCACAACUGAGGGCAGCGUGGACCAUCCAGUCGUCUUGACUGAGGCAGUCUGUAAUCCAAACUACACACGGCAGUUGAUGACGGAGUUGCUGUUUGAGUGCUACCACGUCCCCCAAGUCGCUUAUGGUGUGGAUUCAUUAUUUAGUUUGUACUACAACCAUCCUGCGCCAGAGACAGCAGAUGCCUUGAUUCUAGACUGUGGCUACCAGGCAACUCACGUGAUCCCUGUGGUCGGAGGAAGGAUUGAUUCAGCUCACUGUCGGCGAAUGAACAUCGGGGGUGGAUACAUAGACUGGUACCUUCAGAGGCUUUUACAGCUCAAGUACCCUGGUCAUGCUCAUGCUGUAACAAUGAGUAGAGUGGAGGAGAUGAUCAGGGAUCACUGUUACAUUGCCCCAGACUUCCUGACCGACCUGGCACGCUGGGACGAUCAUGAAUAUUUUGAGGCAAAUGUGAGAAAGAUGCAGCUACCUGUGACUCAGGUCCAAGGCAGUCAGGUAUCGUCUGAGCAGCAGAAAGAACGGCGGAAACAGCAGAUCUCCCGACUGCUGGAAGUCAACACAAGGCGGAGGAUGGAUAAGCUUCAGGCAGACGAGGCAGAGUUGCAGAAACUGUUAGAGGUUCAGGAGCUGAUGCUGACUGGAGAUGAUGACACUUUAGCGUCUGCUCUAGCUGAAGUGGGCCUCACCAGAGUGGAGGAUCUUCAGGAGUCUGUGGACAGGCUGACAGCCAGCAUUCAGAGAGCUAAAGCAAAGUUGCUAGGCCAGGAACCAGCACUGAUGGAGGCUGAGAGUAAGGAACAGUCGUUUCCACUGUUGGACAUUCCCGAUGAGAUGUUGACCCCUGACCAGCUGGUAAUCAAGAAACGACAGAAAAUUCUCAAGAGUGCCAGCGAAGGAAGGAAGAAAGCCCUAGCUCUUCAGAGGGAGAAGAGGCAGAAGGAGUGGGAGGAAGAGAAGAAAUUAGAGGAACGACGGAAGAUUGACUUUAAUGGCUGGUUGGCUGAAAUUCGCACCAAGCGCCAGAAAAUUCUGGAUGCUCGUAACACCAGACGGCAGAGGAAGUCGGAUAUGGCCAAGAGAAGAACCUUUGCCUCGCAGCAGAGAAUGCGCAUCAUCUCCCAGCUGGCUGCUCAACCAUCGAAGAAAGGUGACAACUUUGGACAAAAUGAUGCAGACUGGGAUGUUUAUAAAGAGAUUAAUCGAGAAGGUGGAACUAGUGACUCCGAAGCUGAAGAAGAGAAGCUGGAGGAGCUUGAGACUUUGUUGAAAGAACACGAUCAAGACUUUCAGAAGGAUGUAGAUAUGGGUGGUCUGUCUGGAGAAUUUGAUCUGGCUGAAUAUUAUCGACUACACCUGGGUGUGGAGAGAAUGAGGGUGCCGGAACUUCUCUUCCAGCCAUCGAUGCUGGGCCUUGAGCAGGCAGGUCUCAGUGAAACAAUGGAAUUUAUUCUUGGCAAACUGGACAGACAAGUACAAGAUCGAGUUGUUCAGAACGUGUUCCUGGCUGGAGGAAAUGCCAAUUUCAAAAACUUCAAGCUAAGGGUUGAGAGAGAUCUGCUGCAGAUGAGGCCUUUCCAAAGCUCCUUCAAUGUGUCCUGUGCAGGAAACCCAAGUUUAGAUGCCUGGAAUGGUGCUAGGAAGUUUUCCCUGUCUCCGUACCUGAACGUCAGCUCCAUCACUAGGCAGGACUACGAAGAGAUGGGGGAAGGAUACCUCAGGGAGCACGUAGCAUCCAACAGAUACUUCCCUACAUGUGCCGCUAUAGUCCAGAAAGAGUGA